UUUCUCACAAUUUCUCAUUUAUUAUUAUUACCAUUCUCCUCUUUCUUUACUUUUAUAUCAAAAAAAUUAAAGAAUCCAACCCUUCUUUACCAUGGCUGAGCGCCACCAACAACACCAGCAACAAAUGCAAGUUGGUCACCCAACUGAUGCUAUCAAGAGCCUUCUUCCUCAAAGGGGUCCUUCAAAAUCCCAAGUCCUUGCUGUCGUCACUCUUUUCCCUGUCGGUGGGGCCCUUCUCUGCCUAGCUGGACUUACCCUCGCUGGAACUCUCACUGGCCUUGCCCUUGCGACACCCGUUUUCUUGCUGUUCAGCCCAGUUUUGGUCCCGGCUGCACUCACGAUCGCGUUGGCGGUCACGGGUUUCUUGACAUCUGGAGCGUUUGGGAUAACGGCGUUGUCGUCGUUGUCGUGGAUGAUUAAUUAUAUGAGGGGAAUGAGGGGUUCAGGUGGAGUUGGAGAGCAGAUGGAGCAUGCAAAGAGGAGGGUGCAGGAAACUGCUGGACAUAUGGGACAGAGAGUUGGCCAGAAGAUUCAAGACACUGCUAGAACUUGAUCAUCCAAAAUUUUAAUAAUUAAUGCUGCUGCUGUUGUGAAAAUGAGAUAAAUUUCGAGUACUCUUAAUGUCUCUGUUUUUUCGCUUUUAAAUUAAUCUGUGCAUGUAAUGUUAUGCUUUUGUGUAGUGUUGAAGUGUUUGCAGCAUUUAGUUUUCAUCUAGUGUAAUAAAAUGUGUGUACUUUCUUUUCA